AUGGAGACUAAGUAUUCUCGUGAAGUAUUGGAAAAUCAACAACUUAUAAAAAAGGGUUUACCCGCUAACGAAUACCUAUAUAAAGUUUCCAAACCCAGUGAACGAUUUAGUUACAUUGUAGUAGUACCUGAAGAGAUUUAUGAUAACUGUGGGAAAAAAAUACCACAACAAAAAGGAGACUAUGAAAUAGCAAAAAUUAAAGAUGAAGAGUCACAGAAGUCAGCUAAAAAAUGGCUCAAAAAUUAUAUUAAGAAUUUACGUGAUGCUCCGAAAAAAGAUGAAGCCAUUAUCUCCCAUUUAUGGAAAGAUGCUAUUAUUCACGCGGAAAGAAUAUACUCUGGUAUCGGCAAAAGAGAUGGGAACAUAGGUUAUACAACAAAUAAUGAUUACCUUAAUGCGUUAGACAAAAUUACAGACUCUACUCAUUCUAAAUUAUCGGAUCUACUUUUAGAAUUGUCUAAGCUUAAUGUAGAAUAUAGAAAUGCAAUAUAUAAAUUAAUUAUGCAGACGCAAAAAUGUAAACCUGAAAUUACAAUUCUGGAACAAUAUAUAUUUCUAUAUGAUUUGGGAUCAGAGUGCAGAGCAUUAAUGAAUUUCUGGAAUACAUGGCACAAGGUGGUUGGUCUUGAGUUCACCCGUCUUCAAGCACUACCA